GCAAUGCUGACUCAACCUUUGCCCAAUACAACACGCCUAAGCACACUGAGCUUUUGGCUGGUAUUCGAUUACCGGCCAUCGACAUAUCUAGUUUCGAGCUGAACCCGUCUACUAUUCAGAUGUUGGGCAACAAUGCUUUCCGGGGUAGGCCGAACGAAGACCCGAACACACAUUUAACUUGCUUUAAGAUGAUGUACCGUUCUAUCAAGAGAGAUAACAGGGUGAAAGAGGAUACACUUCGCUUAAUUGCUUUCCCCUGGACUCUCCUGGAUGCUGCUUUGGAAUGGUGUUAUGAUUUGAUACCUGAUUCAAUCCACACCUGGGAACAGUUGGAAGUGCAGUUUAUGUCAAAAAUUUCCCCAGCUCACCGCACUCAAGCCAUUCUUUCUGGCAUUCAUUCAUUCAAGCAAGAUCAUGGGGAAAGUCUUUAUGACGCUUGGAAGAGGAUGGAUACCAAGACCUUGAUCCGGGCAUCUUGCGGUGGGAGCAUCCAGAACAAGUCAUUCGCUGAGCUAGAAGAACAUAUUGAGAUGAUGGCCCAAGAAGAAGACGCUCCGAAUGAGUACUCUAGAGAUUUGCCAAGGAAAGGCAAUGAUCAAACCAUACAUAUGGUUCUCGAACAAUUGGUUGUCCUCUAUGCUAAGCUCGAGGAUUCCACUCGAUCCUCUAGGACCGAACAUUCGACGCCAACACAAGAGGAGCUCGGUAUGUACGCACUAGAUGAGAGAAUCGAAGGUGUGAACUAUGUGGCCAAUAACCCCUACUCGAAUGCGUACAAUCCGUGGUGGAAAAAUCAUCCCAAUCUCUCAUACAAGUCAAACAAUGUUGAGAAUCCCACGUCGAACAACUUCAGAUUUUUGCAGAGUCAAGAGAAGACGAAUCAGGAAUUUCGAGCUCAGUUCGCAAGCAUCGAGGCUCACUUCAAGAACAUAGACAACCAGAUUGCUCAGCUGGCAUCAGCCAUUCAAAGACAAUCUGGGUCUCUUCCAGGUAACUCUGAGACUAACCCUCGUGCACAUGUACCGAUGGUUGAGCAAGGCGAUAGCUCGAGAUCCACAGUUUUAGACACUAUUGAUGAUACACCUGAGCCAGCUUACGUGCCUCCUCCUCCUAGACCACCACCAGUACCGUUUCCAUCUCGCCUGAGGAAGCACAACGAAGAUAGCCAAUUCGCGAAGUUCGUUGAGAUGCUAAAGAAACUCGAGGUAACCAUGCCAUUCACUGAUGCUAUUUUGCAUAUUCCCUCAUAUACGAAGUACCUCAAGGACAUUCUGACCAAGAAGAGGAUCGAUGAGAAAGAAACUGUGGCGCUUACUGCCGAAUGCAGCGCUUUGAUCCGCUCCCGCUUAAGCGGUCCGAUCCAAGUAGCUUUUCAAUCCCUUGUAAAUUGGGAUGUGCCGCUGAAAGUCGGAAAUUUCUAUAUCCCGGUUGAUUUCAUGGUUCUCGAUAUGGACGAAGACUCUAAG